GAAGCCUCACUUGUGUCCUGAUCUGACACAAAAUGCUGCAUCUACUCUUUGUAGCUCUUGUGUGUGCUGAAAACCUGAAAGAUGUGUACUGCAGGCCUCUGCUGGAAGCCAAACGAGCACUUAAGAAUGACUGGCUAAUCAAGGCGGUGCAUUACAUGGAGGAAAACCCAGAAACUUUAGAAGAGCUGAUGGACAAAAACUAUGAUUUGGCAGAAGGGGACAUGGUGCUUCUGAGUGACAGGAAUGCAGCGGGCAGUAGUUGGCCAACACUGGAGAUACCAUAUGUCAUUAGCCCAGAUUUAGCUAGUCGCACAGAUGAUGUUCUCUCUGCCAUGGAGAUGGUGUCCAAGCACACCUGCCUAUCCUUCCACAAGCGAACCAUUGAGCAAAACUACCUGCUCUUUAAAAGCAGCACCGGUUGUGCGUCAUAUGUGGGCUUCAAGGGUGGUGAGCAGCCUGUUUUUGUCGGGCCCCAGUGCAUUGUGGGAAACAUUGCUCAUGAGAUUCUUCAUGCUCUGGGUUUCCACCAUGAACAUACAAGGAUGGACCGUGAGCAGUACAUCAUCAUUAUUCACAGUAACAUCAUGCCAGGGAUGGAGAACAACUUCAAAACACAAGAGGGUGAGACCUUUUCUCUGCCAUACGACAUCACCUCCAUCAUGCACUAUGGAAGGGAUUUUUUUUCAGCAAACAGCCUGCCCACCAUCCUCCCGAAGCAGGAUGUGAAGGAAAUGGGACAGAGAGAGAAACUGACCAAGACCGACAUCGAAAGGGUUCGACGGCGCUACAGCUGUGACUCCCUAAAACGAACUGGGAGGGAAAGCCUGGGAAUGUGAUACUCGGUACCACUGAGUCUGAGAUCCACACUUCUACCAGUGCAGUUCCAGCUGCCUUCCUCCAGCUCCAGAACAAAGUCACCAGAGGGCCCAAUUACACCAGCAGACAAAGUAGCCACCACUGACCCACUUAUUAAUAAAACACACAAUCCAAGAGCUGAUGGAUUUUUCUCCACUGCUCAAACUAAAAUACUGUUCCUCUUUAACUGAAAUCUAUGCAGAUGCAUUGUAUUGUAUUUCUAAGGCUGAUUGGUUUGAGCUCUGUCACAAACAACCUUGAUGAUCAGACAUGCCCAUUGAACUUACUCACUGCCUGUUAUCAGCCCCAGCCACCAGUAGGUGGCCCCCUAUACCUGCUAGCAGGCUCUGUAGGCACUCCUUACCUCAGAGUGGUGGCUGUUGCUGAAAUGAAAUCUGCAGUGUUUCAAGUUUAUACAAGGCAAAAAGAUACCGGGGGGGUGACAAAGCACAAUCCAAAUGACUUUAAACUGCCUUC